AUGCCUUUCGUCUUCGACCCAGUUGCUAUAAUUGCUUCCCGAGGCCCUAAGACUCUCGGUGAGCAAUUCGAAUCGUAUCGUAGACACGCGGUUCUUAGCUUGGAGCGUGUGGUCGAAUUCCGUCCAUAUUAUGAGGCUCAUAAUGAUGAAUCGGAAAGCAGAGACUUGAGUAAGUGCCCUCCCUGCGGACGACUACGCUUCCCACUAAAUACAUCGAUAGUCAACAUCACCGACGACUCCUUCGAAUUCGCCGCGGCCAAGUUCGACGUAUCGCAGGAUGAUCUACGUUUCGAAUUGGAAUCAAUGAGGACCUUGUUUCCGCGCAUCCAGUACGCCAAUUGGCCUUACAGACAAUUCCCAUAUCUUCCUAAAUGCUUACUCUACAUGUGCGCAGAUAGUAAUCCCGUAUCCAAGAUUGUUUGGGGCACGACUCAAAAUGCAGCGUUGUAUGCGGGUAGUCCUCGUUUGCGUCUCAAAUUACUCGUGGGCCUCGGGCUCUCGAGCCUGUGGUCUUUCACUCGGGCGUGCAAGAUGGGUAUCAUCAUCUGGUGCCGAUUUUCGCUGUAUGCUUUGAUCAAGAAGUUUGAGGCCGAUCGCUUGGAUAAGCGGGAUGUGCAUGCUUUGGAGAGUUUUGAGUGGAGGAUGCUGUGGUUUGUCAAUAUCAUGCAUUCAAAUUCAAUUUGA